AUGCAGCUUCGGUCUGCUCAUGCUUGUGGUAGUCGUCUCUACAGCCGCCCACUGUAUAAAAAGGGUGGGAGCUUCGGUGUGCUCAUGCUUGUGGUCCUCACCGGGCGAAUCCCAUCCGGCACAGGAGAUGGGGAGAACGUCCACAUUCUGACAUGGGUAAGCUCAAUCGACCAGUGUCAUGCGCACGCCAUGACAUGGGUAAGCUCAAUCGACCAGUGUCAUGCGCACGCCAUGACAUGGGUAAGCUCAAUCGACCAGUGUCAUGCGCACGCCAUGACAUGGGUAAGCUCAAUCGACCAGUGUCAUGCGCACGCCAUGACAUGGGUAAGCUCAAUCGACCAGUGUCAUGCGCACGCCAUGACAUGGGUAAGCUCAAUCGACCAGUGUCAUGCGCACGCCAUGAUAUGGGUAAGCUCAAUCGACCAGUGUCAUGCGCACGCCAUGACAUGGGUAAGCUCAAUCGACCAGUGUCAUGCGCACGCCAUGACAUGGGUAAGCUCAAUCGACCAGUGGCAUGCGCACGCCAUGACAUGGGUGAGCUCAAUCGACCAGUGGCAUGCGCACGCCAUGACAUGGGCGGAGGAUCAACUCUCCUCCAACAAACCAGCCUCCCUCAAGGACCCGGGCAUGGAUGCCCCGGAUGAUGCUGUGCUGCGCCUGGCCCAGCUGGCCCUCUCCUGCACCGUGGAGCGCACUGCAAGCCGGCCCAAGAUGACAGGCGUUGCCAACGAGCUGCAGAAGAUCAGGAAUGAGGUGGUGGGCACGGAGGAGCUGAGUGCAGCAAUCAAGGUGGACGAGCAAGCCCAGGAGAUGAAGGGCUCGUCUACUGCAGAUGCUAAUCUACAGUGCGUUGACAACCUCCUCGAAUGA